GAGGGGGUUGGUCCGGUGGAGAGCAUUGCAGCGGCAGCCACAGCGCUGCUGACUUGGUUCUCCUUCACUUAGACCCGAGAGCAGCCGCGUCCUGUGCGCUCCUGGCGCAGACCCCGUGCGUCAUUCUGUUGUUUUCUUUCCGCCUCGCUUCACUCUUUUCGCGUCAAGAAGCCGGGACCAGGAGCGGCUCGGAGUUCAGCCCGGAUCCGGAGACAGCCGACCCUCCUCGGCCGCCCUGAAGCCUCCGGACCGCCGAGCAGCGGCGCUCCAUGUGCGCCUCGUCGGUCCGACAGCUGAACCCGGAGUUACGCCGAACGGAACCGAGCCGAGAUCUGCUGAUUUAACAGAAAGCAAACAGAUACACGCAGAGGGAGGCUGAGUUAACGCUCCGCAGCAGAACCAGGACCAGAACCAGAACCAGAACCAGAACCGGACCUCAGCCCAGCGCAGACAUGCCGCAGGUGGACAUGAUCCUGUUCUUCAUCCUCAUUAUUGGGAUGUGCGUGUUCGGCCAGGACCCGGCGUCCAAGGUGGUGUCGGACCGCUACGCUGUCUUCUGGAACCGGACCAACCCAAAAUUUUACCGGGGUGAUUACCACAUCGACGUCUGCAUCAACGACUACCUUGACGUCUACUGCCCGCACUACGCAAGCCCGGUGUCGGACGAUCGGGCCGAGCGCUACAUUCUCUACAUGGUGAACUACGACGGCUACAGCUCCUGCGACCACACCGCCAAGGGCUUCAAGCGCUGGGAGUGCAACAGGCCUCUGUCGCCCAACGGGCCGCUCAAGUUCUCCGAGAAGUUCCAGCUCUUCACUCCGUUCUCCUUAGGCUUCGAGUUUCGCCCCGGCAGAGAGUAUUAUUACAUCUCCUCCAUCACCGACGACAGAGGAAGGAAGAACUGCCUUCGGCUCAAGGUCUUCGUCAGGCCCCAAAACAAUUGUGUGAAAAACUCUGGGAGCUCGCAGGAAGGAGUCGAAUUUGACGAAAACAGUCACAACUCACUUGAACCCAGAGAUGGAAUCAAUCACGAGUCGCCGGAACCAGCCAGACAAGACGUGAACGCUGCCGGUCGGCGACAGUUUUCCAUCCUGCUGCUCAGCUCUGCCCUGAUGCUCCUGGCAGCCAUUUUGUCUUUAUAGCGGCCGAGUCGCCUCACCCGGGGAAAGGACUGUCCUGAUUGGACCACAGCUCGCCGCUCUACACCUCCCUCUUUAAGGAGCACUUUUUAAAAAAGAUCAAAUUAAAAAAUCCUAAUCUCUGAGAGGAGAAGAGACUUCAGCAAGUGAAGCCUUUGCUUGUUCUUGUCGACUUUGUGACUCUUCGAGGCGGAAGAGCCUCGCUGUAAUCCACAGUAUGCAGAUACUUCACCGUUAUUUUUAAACGCGUUCCCACACGGGACACCGUCUACACAAACGCGACACUAAUUAGCUCGAGUAGCAAAGAAGCACAGCAGGAUCCUGGGAAAAAAAAAGGUUUACAGACAUCUUUUCUCUCCCGUUUCUUUUCGUUUUUUGGGAACUUGGUGUCACUUCGUUGCGGGAGGAACAAUGGAGGACGCUGCUGCUGUGAUGACUUAACCUUCCUCUCAGGUUAGAAAGGACGCGGACUGUGGAGCCGUUAGAAAAAAUAUUAAGGAAGCACUCAUCUCUUAGUGUUUGGACAAAAUCAAUUUAAUGAUCAAUUAAUGCAUUUCUUUGUUUUUUUUAUUAUUUACCAUGUAAUUGUAGCAGCCAACACGGGUGUACAGUAAAAUAUUUGAACGGAGAGCAGAAGCGAACAAGGAAUUUUUCCAGGCAAAAUGUUAUUUUCCUAUUUAUUGUGAAUUCCUUGUGCUUUUUUUCUGUUCUGGUUUAGUCUGUAAGUACAGUUAGAACGGCAAUAAAAACAAAUACCCGUCACAGGAUGUUAGCUUAUAUCACACUUAGGUUUGGAGGAAAAAGAAAGGAACAAAAAAGCGUUUGUCUGUUUUGGAACGAUCACAUGUGAUGGAGAUAGUUGUUUUUAACAAAAGUCUAGAAAAAGAAGAAGAGUUUGGUGUGCAUCAGGGUGUAGAAAUGGAGUAUUUGUGUUUUGAAUUUGCCACUGGCGAAUGUCACGAUCGUAGUUUUGCUGUUACACUCUUGUUUUCGUGGAUCACUAUUUACACUGCUAUUGUAAAUACAAGCAAAUUUUAAAUUCAGGGAUGUUUCCGUGCCGAACAUGAGAUCAAUAGAAAGAAAAGCUUUUUACGCCAAUCUGGAGGGAAAUUCCCCUUGAUUAAUAUAGAAGUACGGAACUCAGCAAGGGCCAACUGUCAAAAAAAACAAAAAAAAGAUGGAGGUGAGGAAAUAGUUUAAACUAUUGGUAAUUUGCUUAUUUUGCUUUCACAAUCUAAUAUUUUUAAAAUAGUCCCCACAAAAGCACCCAACUUCUCGAAAUGAGUAAAAAAAAGUCUAAUAAAUAAAACAAUACAUAAUUUCUAUAGAAUGGUUCAACAUAUAAUUUGGUUGAAUGAUCUCAGUAGAAAACUCAUGAACGUUAAGAAAUAAAUGUUUUUCUAAAUUGUUGGUGCAACUCUAACAAAAAUAAUGUGAGAAAUUCACUUUGUAAAAGGAUUAUGGUACCUAGUUAGUGCCAAGAGUAAAAAUUAAAGUCAUAGUAAGAUCCCAGUAAGCUGUUUAAAUAUUUUCACUUAUGGAUUUUCUAUUUUUAUUUUCCCUCUACCAACAAAAAUAUUGAUGUUUCACGAAUUAAAAGUUUAAUAUCUUUAAAAUAAAUCACAUAUACACUCCUUUCCACAAUUAUUAGCAACACUAGUAGAGAGUUGAAACAGUAUGUUUUUGAAAUUAACCUAUUUUUGCACUAGCACAACUUCAGCUUGAACAUUUCUGAAACCUCAAGCUUUUCAUUUUGGCACAUUUUUGAGUCUUGGAGAAAAUAAUCAAUGUUAAUGUUUUUGUAAUAUAAAUAAGUGCUGGAACAGGUUUUGGCAUUCUUCAUUUUUCUGACAAACAAUUUCUGGAAAAUUCCCUUAAGCAAGUUAAAAAAUAUGGAACUCAGUUAGUGCCAGAUGUUGAAGUGAUUUUAAAAGUGGGGAAACUCAGAUCAGUUCUUGAGCAGAUUGCUUUAGUAAGCAGUUUUUUACGGAUUUACUUAAUUUCACUUUAUUUUUUUAUCUAAAAAAAUAUGUUCACUGAGGUUUAAAAGUUUAAUAGAUUUUUGCCUUGAAUGGCCCUAUAUUUUAAAUAAACCACACAUCCAAACACUGAAAUAAUUGGCUCUUCUGGUAAAGAUGCAUGAAAAAUAAAUUAAUUGUAUUUAUUGCAUCAUAAUAAUCUGAUACUAAAUAGAAAUUUCAGAAAAAUAGAUUGGAGUGAAAAUCUUUAGUUGGGAUUUUUAAAAAUUAUUUGCAAAAUAAAUAAGUAAAUCUAAAUAACUGGAGCCAAAUAAUUAUUAUUACCUUUAAUUAUUAAAAUUAUUGAAUGAAUGAAAUGUUACCUGAUUUCCAAAACCAUAAAUGUCUUUACUGAUGGAUUUUCUAUGUUGUUAUUUUUAGUGUAGAGAGCGAUUCAUACACUGCAAAAACAUAAAAUCUUAAUUCUGGUCUAGUUUCUAGCAUAUUUGAGAUAAAACAAAACUAACUUACAAGAAACUUUUCAGCAAGAUAUGAGAUUACUUAAGUAAAAAAAUCCUUAAUAUUGAUGAAACAGUUCUAGUUCUAUUAGCAGAUAAUUUCACUUAUAACAACCCAUUUUCCAUGUUACUGGAUCAAAAUUACUUGGUAAGAUUUUGUGUUUUUGCAGUGUAUGUUAAUAUCUUCAAAAUAUACUUCCCACAAAUAUUGGCACCCCCAACAAAAAUAUUGUUUUAUUUUUACAUCUGGCACAACCUGGGCUCCAUACUGGGUGAGAUUUAUCAGUGAAACGGCGAAAACAAUUUACAGCGCAGGCAGCAGCGUUGCGCAUCGGGUUGCCGGCUGAGCGAUUCGGUUUCUGUCUUUGAUCCUGGGUAAAGUGUCGUCUGAACAGAAAAUACACCAUGUACCCCCGCGUAGCGGUUAUUUCUGGAAUGAAAAAUUGACCCCCAGAGAAGAAGGAAAACACAGAGUGUGGUCGACGCAAUCCGAGCCUCGACCCGAGAGGGAAAGUGAGGCAGUGAAAGACGCGUGGAGAUGGUUUCACUGCUUCGCUCCAUUCAUAUCCAGUCAGCUGGAGAAGCACAAGCGUCGAGUUAACUGCUUUCUCCAGUGUUAAAGUACAAAAAUGAUCAGGAUUUACAUUGAAAAUCAAAUAAUCAAAAUGUAAUUAGUCACUGGGAAGUUUUGAUUAAGAUUAGCAUAUGUUUUAAUUAACACAUUUUAAGGAGAUAAUUUUGUUUUUGAAUUAAGUGUGAAUUUUUUUAAACUUUGCAUUAAAAAAAUACAAUUUAACUUUUCAAGAUCAUGUUUUAAAAUGAUUAAAAGAGAAGCUUUAAUUAAAAAAAUAAUAAUUAAGAUGUCAGAAUAAUUUUUACGAGAAUGUAAUUAUGUACCAUAUAAGUGUAAGAUAUGUAAUAAUUACAAGUCUUGUUAGAAUUAUAACAUUUUUCAAUGCUUACAAACUUUUACAAAAUAGCAAAAUAAACUUUUUUUAUCCUAAUUUUAAGUGAAAAUUGUUUCUAUAAAAGUUUUGAGAAAUGUCCUUUGUGAAAGUUCAGUUUUUCUAUUAUUUAGAAAAUCAGAGAAAUUCCCAUUGAGGAGUCAAGCUAACGUCUAAACUUUAAUUUUUCACUUUUGUCAAAGUAAAAAAUGGUUUUCAUUUUCUGUUUCAUAAUCACUUAAUCUUGCUAUGUAUAUUUCUUUUUUUAAAAGUAGAAACACAAAUUGCUCUAAGUUUGUGAUCCGAUAAAUAUAUUCAUUAGUUUUCAUUUAGCUCUACUAGCUAAACUGGUUACUUAAAUUGAGUGUAGCUAUAAACUAAACUGUCGCUAGCUGUAAGCUAACUGUUAGCUUGAGUAUAUAUAUGCUUGGCUAGUUGCUAAGCUGAAUAGCUUUUAUUUAGACUCCUAGUAAUUAUCAACUUGACUUUAAAAACUAUUAAUUUGACACUCAGUGAUUUACUUAGAUUAGUUAGCUAAACUGAUUUUAGCUUAACUUUGAUUUGCUAAUAGCUUGAUGUUGACUAGCUAGAGCAGCAAUAAGGUCGGCAUUAAGUAGCUGUUAGCAUAAUUUUUACUAGCCCCAUCAAGCGUAUUAGCACUACUCUAAGUAGUUGUUAGCUAGAUUCUGAUGGCUAUUAGCCCAAACCUGAGUAGCUUUUAGCCUGAUUAGAUCAGAACUUGACUACCCCAAUUUGAUUUGCUAUUAGCUUGAUGCUGACAAGCAAGCGCAGCAAUUAGCUUGACUUUAUGUAGCUGCUAGCUAUAUUUUUAGCUAGCUCCUAUCAAAAUACGCUAUUAGCUCAACUCUAAGUAGCUUUUAGCUAGACUUUGAUGACUGUUAGCUCAACUCUGAGUAGCUUAGAGCCUGAUUGUGUCUUAGCUUGACAACCUCAAUGAGAAUUUCUCCUUGAUUCUCUUAUCUGAAAUAACAUUUACCAGCUUUCUAGUCCAAAGACAACAACAGUUCAACACAAACCCAUUUUAGAAACAUUUACAUUUAAUUUAUAUCUAUAAUUUUUGACCGAAUACUCAAACUGUUUAUCAAAGGGAAAAAUUUUCCAAUUCCCACCCGGAGGAACACUACUGCUCCAAAACUCAAACUUUUCAUAAAACCCUGCCUUCUUUUUUUAAAACUAGUAAAUCAAAACAUUCAUAAUGUUUGGUAAACUGAAACUGAUGAGUAAAACCGCUGGAGUUCCAAUUUAAAAUGUAAUUCAAGAUCUCUUUACUAAUACCCUUCAGCGAACGACAUUUGGAGCUGAUUUUGUUUGUUUUAACUGGGUAGAAUUAUCGCCUUCAUCCGUCAGCGACCUGAUUCUGGAUUUUUUUUUUCUCUUCCUCACAUAGUUGGCAAAGUUGUGUUACUGUUUGGACUCAAUUUAAACCCAAGGGGUGAAACUAGACCACUGUGGUAUUCACUUGAAAAGACGAAACAUAAUCAUUUAAUUCAUAAACUGAUGUCACGAUGCUUCAAAAACAAAAAUGGAGUCAAGGAGGUGAAAUAGUUGAGUGACUUUUUCUGUCGAGACUUAACAUUAUAGAUAUAUCUCGGGUCAAUGAUCGCCUCCAGUGACAAAUACCAGUUGGAUCUUUUCCUGGAUACUGUGUAUCCCAACGGUUAGUCUGUCGUAACCCACUCUGUAUCUUUCAGCACCUCUUUUUAAGGACGACUCAGUCGACGCAUUAACAAUAUGAACAAGUUUGAUACCGAACCUGCCGACUUUCAUUUUGUAUGUCUUUUAUAUAAAACAAGAAAAACAAACAGCCUCGUAUCUGUAGAUAUGUUUGUCCAAAUAGCUGAUGCUCGUCCGCGUCAGACAUGCAGUAUGGUGGCGUUGCAAUCAUUGAUCGCAGAACGCCGAGCGAAAAGUAGCUGGAUCUGUCCAACUGUUUCUGUUUUAUCUUCACAUUCACAGGGCCAUUCCUAGAAAAAUAAAGUUACAAGAGUAAAGUUGGAGUAUUACAAGAAUAGUCAUCAUAUUACCAGAAGAACGUCAAUUUUUUGUGAUACUGCAACUUUAUCCUUGUGUUAUUUUGAUUUUAUUCUCGUAUGACUGUAUUCUCUUAAAAUUAUGACUUUAUUCUCGUAAUCGUGUUUUUUUAAUUUUCUGUGCAUGGCCCUAACAAGGUUUAUAAGUCAAUUAAUGGGUUGGAUUUCAUUGGUUUCUGCAUCAAAAACAUGUUUUAUUAUGAAAAUCUGCAACAUGGAAGGUGAAAAACGUUUUCUGAUGGACUUCUUCUUCUCUGUCACCUGAUUUAGGUACCUUGUAGCUUCGACCACCUCCUCCUUGUUGUUCAUUAUCUGUUCUUCUUUAUCUAAUUAUCUGAUGUGUGUUUUUGUCAGUGGGAACAUUUUUGCUACCACAGAAAGACGUGGCUGUGGCACAGAACCGCACACUUGUUUUAACGUUGUAGUGACUGAACCUUGUGCCUAAACGAGCCCCGUCUAAAAACCCCUCUAAUGUUUCCCCUGUUCCGUCUCUUACCAGACUUUUCUACAGAAACGCCAUGUCUUUGUAAAUACACGUGUCGGAGCAGCUAUGACUAACUGAAAGAAACAAAAAAAAGGUUUAAUAAAUACUUCUUUGUGGUUGUAA